CUUCAACAUCCAUCAAAUAAAUUAUUUUCACAUACACAAUGACAUUUUUUCGCGAAAUCAGCUACCUUUUAGUGCUACUUCUUUUUGUACCUCUAGUUUGUGAAGCUGAAGUUCCACGAAUUUCAGGAUUUGUUGAGACCAGAGAUAACGAAUUCUUCAUUAAUGGCUCCGGACGAUUCCUCUUUAACGGGUUCAACUCGUAUUGGAUGAUGACUAUAGCAGCGGAUCCAAAUCAAAGGUAUAAAAUCACCAAUGUCUUUCGUGAGGCCUCGGCUACCGGACUCACUGUAUGUCGCACUUGGGCUUUUGCUGAUGGAGGUUACGGAGCUCUACAAAUAGCUCCUGGAAUUUACAAUGAGGACGUUUUUCAGGCACUCGAUUUUGUGAUAGCGGAGGCGAAUAAGUAUGCAGUCCGUUUAAUAAUGAGUUUGGUUAACGAGUGGAAAGACUAUGGAGGAAAGCAUCAGUACGUGGAAUGGGCCAAAAUUAACGGAGCGAAUAUAAGCAGCGAUGAUGAUUUUUAUACCAAUCCACUUACAAAGACUUACUACAAGAACCACGUCAAGAGAGUGCUAACAAGGGUCAACUCAAUCACACGGAUAGCUUACAAAGAUGACCCGACGAUCAUGGCUUGGGAACUGAUGAAUGAGCCUCGCGACCAAGUUGAUUACACCGGAAAGACCGUCACCGCAUGGACUCAAGAAAUGGCAUCCUAUGCGAAAUCCCUUGACAGCAAACACUUGGUGGAAAUAGGCACGGAAGGUUUCUAUGGUAGCUCAACUCCAGAAAGAUUGGAGUUCAAUCCUGGUAAUUACCAAUAUGGCACAGAUUUCAUCACCAUUAAUCAGAUUAAAGACAUUGAUUUUACAACGAUACAUGCAUAUCCGGAUAUGUGGUUUCCUGGAGAGAACGAAUCAGAACAAGUGGCAUUUGCGCAAAGGUGGCUGUUCAGUCAUUGGCUUGACUCGAAUUCCAUUUUGAAGAAGCCUCUGGCAAUCACUGAAUUUGGAAAAUCAAAGAAACAACCAGGUUACACUGUAACAAUGAGGGAUUCUUACCUGAAUACAAUUUUUACCGACAUUUACGACUUGGCUAGCAACUAUGGGGGGAUGGCUGGAAGCUGUGUUUGGCAAGUUCUUUCAGAAAAUAUGCAAAAUUAUAACGAUGGAUACGGAAUCGUUUUAUCCCAAGAUACAUUGACCAGGGAUGUCCUUUUUCAACAGUCCAAAAGCAUGAGGUCUCUUGAACACAAGUUCGUUGACCAACAUGGACCAAAUUAUUGAUCUAUUACAAAGAAGGACUGAGACAAAGUUAGGAUUAGAGUCAAAGUGCUUUGAAACAAAGCUUUAAUUCUUGUUAGGCGGACAAAGUUAGGACUAGGGUAGUAGAUCUUCGAAAACAAUCUUUCUGGUUAGAUUGAUUCAUGUCGUCUUUAAAUUGGUUGAGACGUUGAGACUGUGGUUUCCCCCUUUUCAUCCAAAAUAUUUUAAUUGAAAUGUUUAUAAUUAUUAUGACUCCAAUAA